AUUUUGAAAUAAAUGCAUUUUGUGUUGCAUACGGACUAAAUACUGUUGGUAGAUUUUCGAAUUUUGCUCCAUAUAUUGAACUGCAUUGAAGCUCUAAUUAAACAAAACUCAGAUGUCCACAUACAAUAGUCCUUUAUUUUAAUAGUCCUUUAUUGCAUGCCCGUGAUACACGGGCAUGCAAAUAUUGCAACGGGUAGAUCCCUCUAACAAAACAUGGCGGAAUGCGCAAGAUAUUUAUUUUACUGGCCUAGAUGACAAGGAAAACGCAUUUUUAAGGUUAAAUACCGUUACCAGUCACUACAAAUAGAUACAUUGCAGAAGAGUGACACAGGCGACAUUGCGUUGGGGAUGGCGAUCACGUGCGCAAACCGAAUUCAAAUUACGAGACUUCGGAAAGGCGACGGAAGUCUCGCGCUCUCUUCACGAGGGGCCGGCGUAAUCUUAGAGCUCCGGCACGGAAAUGCAUUCGGCUGGAGCGCAAGGUCAUGGUGUGAUCCCGGUGGGACCCUUUCGAGAAAAUAAUUAUUUUGCUGCUUAACCCGAUCUAUGCUAAAUCGGCGAUUCGUUUGUUUUCACUGAGAAAUCUCAUUUUAUGGGUAUUUAGUUAGUGAUCCGUAGCGGCUUGUUGGUUUUUCCACUGAUAAAGGAAAAAGUGCUUAAUUGGACUGGAAAGCCGCACGUUCCCAAUCAUGGCAUCGAAAUGUAGAAGACUUAGCGGUCCCAUAAUUAGGGAGUUGCUAGACUCCGUGGAGAGCGUCCUGUUUGAUUGCGAUGGGGUCAUAUGGCGAGGAGAUGAAGCCGUCACUGGCGCCGCGGAUGUCAUUAAUUUGUUAAAGAAGAACGGAAAGCGAGUGUUUUUCCUAACCAACAACAGCACGAAAACUAGAAGAAUGUACGUCGAUAAAUUACGCAAAUUAGGGUUCAAUGCUUCUGAGGAGGACGUAUUCGGAACGGCUUUCUGCUCGGCGGUGUACCUGAAGUCCGAAGCGAAACUGAACGGCAAAGUGUACCUUAUCGGCAGCAAUGCCAUGAAGCAGGAGCUUCAGAAUGUGGGCAUACCACAAGUGGGGGUCGGUCCCGACCCCAUCACGGGUGUUCAGAUCGACUGGGCCAACAUUCCUCUCGAUCCCGAGGUGAAAGCCGUAGUGGUGGGCUUUGAUGAGCAUUUUAAUUACAUGAAACUGAACAGAGCUCUGCAGUACCUCAGCAACCCCGAGUGCUUAUUCGUAGGAACCAACACUGACACCCGGCUGCCGUUGGAGGGAGGCAAAGCGGUCCCAGGGACAGGAUGUCUCUUGAAAGCCGUGGAGACUGCAGCCCAGCGUCAAGCCCUGGUUAUAGGAAAGCCCAGCAAAUUUAUGUUUGACUGUGUGGCCCGUCAGUACGGCCUAGACCCGGCCAAAACCCUCAUGGUGGGUGACCGACUGGACACUGACAUUCUGUUAGGAUCCAACUGUGGCCUGAAGACGCUGCUCACUCUGACGGGGGUGUCCACGGCCGCGGAUGCAGAGGCGCAUCGGUGCAGUGGCUGCCCCCUUCGCCUUGGUAUGGUUCCUGACUACAUUGUGGAGAGCAUUGCCGAGCUCCUGCCUGCCCUUCAGGCUUAGAUCUUCCUCCGCUUCCUAACCCAGAAUCUAAUCUUCUCACUCUCCGCGUUACACAGUAGUAAAAAUGACAAAAGCAAUGGAACAAAGUGCACUAUACACCUUUUAAUCUGUCCGUUAAAUAAACUCAAAUUGCUGGGUGGGAAGACAUUGACUACUUGCCAGGAUUGGAUCAUGGGUUUGGACUGGUAUAUUGUCAAAGAGUGAAAUAAGUUUAAGUGGAGUGAGAGCGAUAAGGUCCCCUUAUCGCAGAAUUGCUCCUUGGGUUCAUUCUGUCCUGACACAAAAUAACACUGUAACUUUUAACUGCCCAAAUCAUGCCAGGUGUUUUAAAAUGGUAUGUGUCUGAAUUUACAUUGUCAAAAGCAAUGUCCCUUAUCUUAAAAAUACCGUUCGCCUCCCUCUGGGUGAAACCAGCAUUUUGACUAUUAUGCAGAUAUAUUCGACUCAGUUCCAAAUGACAGUAUUAAGUCUUAAGUCUGCAAGUUUGCAUUUAAGUAUUGGUUUUGUUAAGGAUUUAUAUUGAGUGUUUCUAGGUGCCUAUGCAUAAAGUGUAAACUACUGAGAAAUUUGUCAUGUCUUGUUAAUGGCUGUUAACAUUUUGGCAAAUGGCCUACAGCUUGUUUUAGUUGGGUGCUGUGAAGUUUACAGCUUGAAGGCGAAAUGCUGUAACACGCAUGGUGAGAACGGGUAUGUACAGCUUUUCAGGUGCUGUAAGAAGCUUGCAGUCACUACUGGUUGCAGCACAUGGUUUCUUGACUUUAGAUACAGCUUGGUCAUUCCCAUUUGAAAGUGAGAGGAUUGCAAUUUAGUUAUUUAUUUAUUUAUUUUUAAUUCCUUCUAAUUAAAGUGGUCCUAAACUCGGAAAGAACUCUGUCAGCCUUCAGGUUAUACGAACAAGGCCUCUUUAAAGGUGUAUUUAUUAAAAACCCACAAUGAAAUUGUGGAAGACUUGAAGACUUUUAUUUUAUCCUGUCCUUUAUGUACAUGUGCGUAAGUGGAUAGAUUUCAGAAGAUUAACCGAAAUGAAUGAAACAUUUACUAAAUUUCUGUAUGCCGCUGCACACUAUGGGAUGUCCAGAUAAGUCCGAUGCUAUCCUCCUACAUUACUAGAUAUUGACAGUUUAAAAACUAGUUUAUAAAACCCACAUGCUUUUGAAAGAGACUUAUAGGAUCGAAAGUGAUUUCAUCGCCAUUUCAUCCUAAAUGAGCUCAGUAAUGUCAAAAUGAAAAUGUCUAUGAAUCAAAUCAUUCUUGCAAUGUUAUACCUGGGUUGAAAACGUUUUUGGUGUUACAUGGCACAACUAUAUUUUUUAAAAGUGUAAUCUAACUUUUCAGUGCAGUCUCCUCAGAUGACCCCUGGUAACAAAAGAAAAGGAUUUUUAUUUGUGUUCUGCUUUCUUUAUCUCUGUAACAGUCAUGAGGGCUUCUGACUGUGGUCAUUCCAGUGAUGUUUGCCAUUUAUGUGGCAAUGGUUUAGUUGCGUCACUCUCAGGACGGAUUAAGAAACACGUUUCAGAUAUACAGUUCAUUGCAUUUAAAUAUGUGUAUCUUCGCUUUUUCUACAUGAAUUUCACGGAUUCCAUUUCCGAACUUUAUCAGCUGUAUCAGAUGUAAUUCUAUUUGUGAAUGAUCAUUAUGAGAUUAUAUAUAUUUUUAAUGUAUCAGGAUGUUAUCUGGUUUUUGUGAGAUUUCUAUCAAAGCCAUUUAAAAUCCAUUUUAUAAACGUUUUAUGAAAAUGGUUAACCUCUGAUUUAUGUACUGCAUGCCAUAUCCGACGUGUGCUGUGGUUAUGCUUUGAAAUUCAAAUUAUAUGGCACAAAAUUGUUUGCACAGGAAGCUGAAUACUAUAUGUUCACAAGUGUCACACUUGCUUAUUCCUCAUGUUACGAAAUUCAUACUAGAAUAUAAGAACUUUUGUCAGAAUGCAGUAUCCAUGUAUAGACAAGGAAACAGUUUAAUAUGGGUCAUCAAUGAACAGCUUAAACUCAAAUCCUAAUAUAAAAUAAAUUAUGACUUUCAAAUAAAAAUCAGACUUGUGUAGAAAUGUUUGUUUUUGAUUUUGCAGUACUGGUAAACGGAAUGCAAACCAUUUUCUGAUAAAUAACACCUCAGAAAAAAAUAAUCAAGCAGCACCAAAGUGCCUCCUGUUGCUCCAUGUUGGAGUUGGUAUUUCUGCCUUCAUUGCCAUAAAUUUGCUUGCAAUCUAUACAUUCAAUUGUAAAACUAGAGAAUACAAUAAAAACAGGAUGAGAAA